GGGCGGGCGGGCGUCGAGGCUGGGAGGCAGAGGGGGGAGCCGGACGGAGGCGAGGCUGGGGGGCCGCGGUCGAGGCAGAGCCGGCCGGCGAGGGGGAGGAGUGGCGGGCGGCCGUGCCAGGCCACCUCGAGGGGAGCCCUCGGCAGCAGGGAUGGCGGCGGGAAGCAUCACCACCCUCCCCGCCUUGCCCGGCGACGGCGGAGGCAGCGGCGACGGCGCCUUCCCGCCGGGACACUUCAAGGACCCCAAGCGGCUGUACUGCAAGAACGGAGGCUUCUUCCUGAGGAUCAACCCCGACGGCAGAGUGGACGGAGUCCGAGAGAACAGCGACCCGCAUAUCAAAUUGCUACUUCAGGCAGAAGAGAGAGGUGUCGUGUCAAUCAAAGGAGUAUGUGCAAAUCGUUUCCUUGCUAUGAAUGAAGAUGGCAGAUUGCUUGCACUGAAAUAUGUAACAGAUGAAUGCUUCUUUUUUGAACGCUUGGAAUCUAAUAAUUACAAUACAUAUCGUUCUCGGAAAUACCAUGAUUGGUAUGUUGCACUGAAACGAACUGGGCAGUACAAACCUGGACCAAAGACUGGACGAGGCCAGAAAGCUAUCCUUUUCCUUCCCAUGUCUGCAAAAUGCUGAUUACAGUGAGAGAGUCUAUAAGGUAUGCCACAGCAGUGGUAGACCUCCCCCUUCUCACAAGACAGAAUAAU